AAGCCGCGUAAGAACGGCCGCUCGCUACUGUAGCACAUACCAAAUUGUAUUCUGCUCAUUCGCCUGCGCGAGGCAAGCGUGACUAGCAGGGAGUGCAGGAGGGUCACGACAGCCAGUGGCUGAACUUCUCAUUCUCGCCCUCAAGCCACUUUUGAGGCGCCUCCGAGGCGAAAAUAGACUAAUUCUCGCCCUCGAUUCCUCCCGCGAGCAACCCGUCACGCUUCCGUCUCGCCUCUACCAUCGCUCCUCCUCUCCCUGCUCCACUUAAUCCCCCACGCCUUCUGCCCUCGCACCCUCCGUCGCGUCCGCGUCACGAGCGCAGAACGUUCAUAGUACCGCCGCGUGGCCAUUGUCUCGACUCAAACAGACAGGCCCGUCUGCGUGGGAAGCGUUAGCGAUGUCAGCCUGCGACCAGCUGCUAGCCGCAGCAGUAAUGCUUGGGUAUCAAAGCCUGUGAUGAGAGUUACAGCCUGGGUUACAGUUCGGGUUACAGCUCAGGUUACAGCUCGGGUUACAGCUGGGGUUACAGUACGGGUGACAGCUCGGGGUGAGAGCCAUGGCGGUUCUCCCCUCCUGUCUGCUCUCCUCCGCGGCCCUUCCCCCUCGCCUGCUGCCCAGUAUCACCGAGAUUCAGGAGUCCUGUUUCGCGCUCGUCUAUAACGCGUACGGCCUCCGCCUCGACCAAUUCCACGUCGACAAUCUCACGCUCGUCUCCUGCUGGGUCCCCGCAUCUCGCGGCGACAAACCCGCCGCAUCUGGCGCCGCGAAUCCCGCCGCGAAUCUCGCCGCGAAUCCCGCCGCAGUUCCCGCUAAACCGCCUCUACUGCUCCUGCACGGGUUCGGCGCGUCGUCGCUAAACCACUGGAUCAAUCAGCUCCCCGCGUUUUCCCGCCAUUUCGACCUCUAUAUUCCCGACCUCCUGUUCUUCCGCGGCUCGUUCUCCCGCAGCUCGCGGCGCGACGAGCGCUUCCAGGCGGAGGCGAUGAUGGCGCUGAUGGACCAGCUGCGCGUCGAACGGUGCGCGGUAGUGGGCGUGAGUUACGGCGGGAUUAUCGCUCACAAAAUGGCCACACUGUGUCCCGCACGAGUGACCAAGCUUGUCCUGGGUGGAGCGGGGCUCAUGCUAACCAAAGGGGAGGUGCAGGGGGUGCUGCGGCAGUGGCAUGCGGACACACCCACGGACCUCUUCCUGCCUGCCGAGCCUCGUGGCUUGCUCCGGCUGAUCAGGCUUGGCAACAACGAGGCGCCGUACCUCCCAGACUGGCUGCUGCAGGACGCCCUAGAGGUGCUGUUUGAGAACCGGGCGGAGAAGGCAGGGCUGCUGGAGGAAUCGCUGAAAGCAGCCGAGGCGAAUGCAGAGGACCCGGGGAGCAUUGCUGUGCCACACAUGGGAACCCUACUUGUGUGGGGCGGCAGCGACCAGCUCUUCCCUCUCGCCAUCGCGCAUCGCAUGCAGCAGCACUUUGGCUCGAGCUGUCGCCUGGAGGUGAUUGAGAAGGGUGCACAUGCCAUUCAGUGCCAUUCAUGCAUUCAUGUGGCCACGUGACGCACUGACACGCAGAGGUUGUGUGCUUGGCUGUGCAUGUGAUUCUCUCGGAUUAAAUGAGAGAAAAAGGGUUUUUUUAUUACACGUCUUCCCUGCUCCAGCUUCCUCCAGUCCAUUGGCGCACCCUCCUGCAAUCUCCCAUGUUGACCCCGUCCUAUCUCAACCCCGUCCCAUGCCCAUGUCCUUCCAUGUCCUCCCAUGUCCUCCCAUGUCCUCCCAUGUCCUCUCCCAACCCCGCCCCAUGCCCUGCUCCAAAGGUACACCAAGCCGCACGGUUCAACAGCGCGGUUCUCUCCUUCCUCUCCAAGGCUGGAUCAGAUUAGAUCGCCAGCAAGCCUGCAGCCCACCUCUCUUCUCUCAAGGCUCAACACCAUCCUCCUCCCCUCUCUCUCCAGAAAUGAUUCAGAUUUAUUCAUCCGCAGCCCACAUGUUCCUAAUUAAGGGCACAACGGUACCGUUUGAAAUGCCGCUUUUGUAGAUUAAUCCGCCCCAAGCCAAGUCAACCCACAUCCAAAUAAAUACGCCCAUCCCUACCUAACCCUAACCCCACCCCGAUAAUAAGUCUUCCCCAACCUAACUCUACCGAGCUCAGAUUACACUGUUUUCCCCAGCAGCAGCAGCAGCGGCAGCAUAACUAGCAGCAGCAGCGGCAGCACAACUAGCAGCAGUAGCGGCAGCACCAACAGCACCGCCAACAGCAGCACGGGGGGCAGAAAGGCUUGGAGGAGCUCCACACCACAAUGUGGUAUGCAGCAGUAGGGUGGUGGUUGCAUACAGGUUUGCAAACAGUACUGUGAAUGUGUAGAAGCAGCUUCCACACCUGCUCACACGUGCUCACGUGCGGUCUUUUGCAGGUCACUGUGGACACUGGCGGUUGAGCACCUAAUUUUCUUCCCCUCCGCUCCACUCCUUCCCUACUCCCCAAGUUGAUCUGCUGAUCUGCGAUUUUGUGUGCUACAUGGCCAUGAGUCAUGACCAGGGUCACAGAUAUCAUACGAAAUCGGUCUGAUGGUCUGAAAAUCAGACCUGUUUUUUUCCAUGCAUAUUAUUUUUUGACAGGCUAAAUUAAUUCGUCUUAUCGACCAGAUAAGCCAUAAGACUUCGUCUGAAAGUUCAGAGCAGGGCCUCCACACCCCUAGAAUGUCUAGUUUUUCUGGCUAAGUGCCCUACACAAGAGAUAUUCCUCCACACACCCCUCACAACAACAAAUUUGGGGACCCUCGGUCUGGCUUGUUUUGUUAAAUUAUAUCUUUGAUAUAUAAUUGGUAGGCUUGGUAGGUGUUACUGAAACCUACUGUAGAGGGUACAACCCCGCUCCUUGUAG